UACUAUCUUCGCAUUUUUUUGCAAGUCACACACACACACACACACACACACACACGCACACGCACACGCACACGCACACACACACACACACACACACACACCACCGCAGCAAAGUAGUUCCGGCGGGUAUUACAUCGCCGGCGCCAUGGCCGACCGGAGUAAGAAGCCGUACGUGGUGGCAGUAGCAAUCCAGGCCAUCUACACGGGCCUCUUCGUCGUCUCUAAGGCUGCCUUUGACAGCGGCAUCAACACCAAUAUCUUCAUCUUCUACCGCCUCGCUGCUGCCACCGCGCUCCUCCUCCCAAUCGCGCUUAUCGACUCCAUUUGCCGCAGGAGCCGAUCAACCACGGCAACACCUGCACCAGCAUUGUCAUGCCGGCUGCUCUUCAAGCUCUUCCUAUACGCCUUACUUGGGAACACCUUCACCCUGAAUGUGUACAACAUGAGCUUGAAGCAGACUUCGGCGACGGUGGGGUCAGCGGCCAUCAACUCCAUGCCCGUUGCCACCUUCCUCCUCGCGGUGCUUCUGCGGAUGGAGGCGGUGAAGCUCCGGAACCGCUCUGGAUUAGGCAAGCUCACCGGUGUCGCUCUUUGCCUCGCUGGAGUGUUGGUCAUCGCCUUCUACGAUGGCCCGUCCAUACGCCCCCUUGCCCACAACCCCGUCUUCGCUCACAAGCCAAACAGUGUCAGCAGUAGCGCUGCUUGGAUCAAAGGCACCUUCCUUCUCAUCCUCGCUUGUGCAACCUGGUCUCUCUGGAUUGUCAUGCAGGUUCCAUUGCUUAAAGAAUAUCCAAACAAAUUGAUGGCCACGGCGCUGCAAUGCCUGUUUGGUGCACUUCAGUCCUUUCUCGUGGCAAUGGUGGUUGAAAGGGACUUCACCAAAUGGAAGCUUGGGCUGGAUAUUGGCCUCCUUGCGGUCUUCUACUCGGCCUUCUUAGGAACGGGUGCAUUAAUGUACCUACAGGCAUGGUGUGUGGAGAUGAGAGGGCCGGUGUUUGUCGCGACGUGGAGUCCAUUGGCAUUAAUUUUCACUAUCUUUUGCUCAUCAUUCUUCCUUGGAGAAGCCAUUCACCUUGGGAGUAUUUUGGGAGGAAUUCUACUAGUUGGUGGACUAUACAGUGUACUAUGGGGUAAAAGCAAGGAAAAAGAAAUUAAUAUGGCAUUAGUGGUCCCCGAGGAAAGUCAAGUUCAAGGAGACGGAGCGGCAAUACAGAAGAAACACGAAGAGGCAGAACUAACAUCACAAGUUUAAAGCUUAGCUAACACAUGUUAAAUUGAUAAGACACUUGUAAAAAAGUCAAAUACACAAGAUCAGUACAUAUGUAAUAUCAUGGGUAUUACUUGUGCACAAAAGAAGAAACCUUAAAGUAUAUACUUCUUGUGUUACAUGUUGAUUUGGAUACUAAUAAACGAUUUUCAAUA